GCAGAAAUAAAUGCACCCGGAUAAUCUUUAACUCCUUUCCUCCCCCCUCUCCCCCUGCCCUGCCCCGCCUCCCCGGUUCAUUAGGACUCCCGCGGGCGCCUGAGCCAGCGCCGCCACCGCCGCCGUCAAGGCCAUGGCCAGCACAGCCGUGCAGCUCCUGGGCUUCCUGCUCAGCUUCCUGGGCCUGGUGGGCACGCUCCUCACCACCCUCCUGCCGCACUGGCGCCGAACGGCGCACGUGGGCACCAACAUCCUGACGGCCGUGUCCUACCUGAAGGGCCUGUGGAUGGAGUGCGUGUGGCACAGCACCGGCAUCUACCAGUGCCAGAUCUACCGCUCGCUGCUGGCGCUGCCCCGCGACCUGCAGGCGGCCCGCGCGCUCAUGGUCAUCUCCUGCCUGCUGUCGGGCGUGGCCUGCGCCUGCGCCGUGGUGGGCAUGAAGUGCACGCGCUGCGCCAAGGGCACCCCGGCCAAGGCCACGUUCGCCGUGCUGGGCGGCGUGCUCUUCCUGCUGGCCGGCCUGCUCUGCCUGGUGGCGGUCUCCUGGACCACCAACGACGUGGUGCAGAACUUCUACAACCCGCUGCUGCCCAGCGGCAUGAAGUUCGAGAUCGGGCAGGCCCUGUACCUGGGCUUCAUCUCCUCGUCCCUGUCGCUCAUCGGCGGCACUCUGCUCUGCCUGUCCUGCCAGGACGAGCCGCCUUCCAGGCCCUACCAGGCCCAGCCCCGGGCUGGCACGGCCACCGCGCCCACCGCGCCCGCCUACCGGCCACCCGACGCCUACAAGGACAAUCGGGCCCCCUCGGCCAUCUCGGCCUCGUACAGCGGGUACAGGCUGAACGACUAUGUGUGAGUCGCCGGGACCUGUCCCUGCCUGGGCCCAGAGAGGUGCUGGGACCGGGCCCGCCUGCGGACUGCUUCAAGGUUCCCACACCGAGUUCACUUCUGGGCUGCUUUGGGGUCCGAAGGAAUGAUGGGAGCCUGAGGACAUGGGCUUAGAACGCUGGGCAGGAGGGGAAAUGAGAAGAGAAGAGCACUAUAUACCAAAGACUUUAAAAGAUCCUUUCUGUUUUUGUAUUUAUUAUAUAUAUUUAUGUGGGUGACUUAGUGGCCGCUGAAUAAAAAGCCAUUUGGGAGUUUGG